GCAGUUUUUCCCUCCUCGUUGUGAAGCUAGCGAUGUUUAGCUAGCUCUGAGUUCUGCACGCGUUAAACUCCGCAGCUUGUAUUGUUACCAGGGGGGAAACACCGCUACGGAGCUCCCACAGCAGCAGUGUUACAGACGUAUGCUGUCCUGCUAGCAGGGCGACAUGUUCAACAAGUCAUUUGCGACUCCCUUCGGUGGAGGGACGGGCGGGUUCGGCACCGCUUCCACCUUCGGACAGCCUCAGAACGCGGGUUUUGGGACGACGGGAGGCUUCGGGACGUCUGCGUUUGGGGCGACCACGAACACCGGAGGCCUGUUUGGUGCCACACAGACUAAACCUGGCGGUUUAUUCGGCUCCAGUACCUUCAGCCAGCCCGCUGCCUCCUCCGCCAGCACCGGCUUCGGCUUCGGAGCGGCCGGCGGCACGACGACGAGCCUGUUUGGAAACACGGCAGCAGGAACAACCGGAGGACUCUUCUCCCAGCAGAACAAUGCCUUCGGAGCCACUAAACCCGCCUCGUUUGGAAGCGUCUCCUCAUGUCCUCCAGGCUUCGGGACCAGCACCAGCAGCGGCGGCUUGUUUGGGGCGACCAACACCGCCUCCAACCCGUUCGGAGGAACCAACUCUCUGUUCGGAGGCGCCGGCUUCUCCGCCGCUCAGCAGCCGGGAACCACCGUCAAGUUCAACCCUCCAACAGGAAGUGACACCAUGGUGAAAGCCGGCGUGACCACGAGCAUCAACACCAAGCACCAGUGCAUCACGGCCAUGAAGGAGUACGAGAACAAGUCUCUGGAGGAGCUGCGGUUUGAGGAUUACACGGCGGGCAGGAAAGGUCCGACCAAUCCCAUCGCGGCUCAGACCGGCGGCCUGUUCGGCGCUACCACGGCAACGUCCAGCGCCGCCACCGGCCUGUUCGGCGCCGCGGCUCCAAACACGUCGUUCUCCUUCGGACAGAACAAGAGCACGUUCGGAGCAGUCUCCGCUGUAGCUCCGGCUGCUGCAGGCUUCAACACCAACACCGGCGGGUUGUUCGGUCAGCAGGCUCCUCAACAAGCAGCAUCGAGCCUCUUCAAACCGUUCGGACAGACGACCACAGCGCAGAGCACCGGAUUCUCCUUCGGUAACACAAACACCAUGGGACAAGCUAACACCAGCAGCAUGGGCUUAUUCGGUAACACGGCAGCGUCUCAGACCGGCAGUAUGUUCGGUGCGGCUCAGACCAGCGCCGCCACCGGUUUCGGCACCGCUACCGGACUGUUCGGACAAACCAACGCCGGGUUCGGGAACGUCGGCACGCAGCAAAGCCUGUUCGGGAAUAAGACGGCCGGCUUCGGAACCACGACCACCAGCGCUCCGUCCUUCGGAGCCGGAACCGGACUGUUCGGGAACAAGCCGGCUCUGGCGCUCGGAACCGGAACCAACACGUCCACCUUCGGUUUUGGAGCGAAUCCAGCAGCAGGGGGUCUGUUCGGUAAUAAGCCGGCUACUGGAGGACUGGGAACCGGACUGGGAACCAGCUUCGGAGCCGCGGUGGGAACGGGCCAGACGUCUCUGUUUGGGAACAACCAGAACAAACUGGGAACCACACUGGGAACGAUGGGAACGUUCGGAGCGACCGGAUUCAACAGCGGAGCGAGUACGCUGGGCUUCGGAGCGCCGCAGCAGCCCGUCGCUCUCACCGAUCCGAACGCAGCGGCCGCUCAGCAGGCGAUGCUUCAGCAGCAGCUCAGCGUUCUGGCGUAUUCACCGUACGGAGACUCGCCGCUGUUCAGAAACCCGCUGUCCGACCCCAAGAAGAAGGAAGAGCGUCUGAAACCGACCAAUCCGACGGCCCAGAAGGCUCUGACCACGCCCACUCACUACAAGCUGACCCCCCGCCCAGCGACCCGGGUCCGACCCAAAGCUCUGUCGUCAUCGGGAGCCUCCAAGUCUCAGCUGUUCGACGGCCUGGACGACGACGAGCCGUCGCUCACCAACGGAGCCUUCAUACCCAGGAAGAGCAUCAAGAAACUUGUGCUGAAGAACCUGAACAGCAGUCAGUACAACAGUCCGAUCAGCAAAGAGACGGACGACCUCGCUUCACCGUCAGAAUAUCCACAGAACGGACACAGCCACAUGGAGGACGAGGACGAGCUGCGAGAGCUUCCGGGUCCGAGCAGCCGAGCCGACGACGACCCCGAAGUCACGCAGUUCUACGUGAAUCCGAUCGCUAAGCCGAUUCCUCACGGCCGCCUGCAGAGCAGCCUGCAGGACACCAUCAGCGAGCUCAACAUGCACAAACCCGCCAGGAACGGCCUGGAGCUGAGCAGCGAUGACGUUUCUGCGUCUCUGGGUGAAGAUUCUCUGCUGGAGAGUCGAGAGGAAGAGCAGCAGGAGUCCCAGUCUCCUCAUCCUGCAGGCAUCGUGCUGAACCGGGUCGGUUACUAUACGAUCCCGUCUAUGGACGAGAUCGCUGAGAUGGUCGAUGAGAACGGAGACUGUCUGGUGGAGAACUUCUCUGUCGGGAGGAAAGGAUACGGCUCCAUCUUCUUCCCCGGCGAGGUGAACGUGACGGGACUGAACCUCGACGAGAUCGUCCACUUCAGACGCAAAGAGGUCAUCGUUUACCCCGACGACAAGAACAAGCCGCCGGAGGGAGACGGGCUGAACAGGAGGGCUGAGGUGACUCUGGACGGCGUCUGGCCGAACGAUAAGACGAGCUGCACUCAGAUCCGGAGCCCCGACCGUCUGACCGACAUGAACUACGAAGGACGGCUGGAAAAAGCUUCCCGGAAACAAGGAGCUCGUUUCCUGGAGUACAGAACUGAGACCGGAUCCUGGGUGUUCGAGGUGGCUCACUUCUCUAAAUACGGGCUGCAGGACUCAGACGAGGAAGACGACGUUCCUCCCAAAGCUGACCCCAAGAAGCUGAAGACGAUGAUGUCACUUCCUCCCUCCCAGCAGCAGAUGGCGCCACAGGCACAGUCCACCGUGGUCGUGGAUCUUCCCGGCAGCAUGGCGGAGUUGGACAGCGACAUGGCCGACAUCACCCAGAGCUUCCCGACAGAGAGCAUGCUGGGAGGCGAGGAGGACAGCGAUCUGUCGGUCGCCUUGGAAACGGCAGCGGUGGCGGCGGCGAAGCUCGGCGGUUUGAUCUCUGCGGAGAACGACGUCAUCGCUACGUCCAGCCACAUCGCGUCCUCGCUGGGCAUCAACCCUCACACCCUGCAGAUCAUGAAGGCGUCUCUGUUUGCGGAGGAUGAGGAGGACAGCGACAUGUUCCAGGAUCAGGGAGCGAUGAAGAUCUCUGCCGAGGUCUCGUCUCCUCGUCUCGUCCUGCCGGGAGCUCAGAGCCGACCGUCGGUCGGCGGUCUCCUUCAGGCUCGGUUUACUUCGGGUCUCCUCUCUCAGCUCUCAGACUCUCCUCGCGCUCCUCCUCUCUCGUCUCCGGCCGCCGUGGAGUCCUCACGGUCGUUGCACUGGGCGGGACCCGGCUCCUCCUCCUCCUCCUUCAUGCUGCCCUCCAGACCCGCAGAACCGGCCGUCAGGACCGUUGGGGUCCGACGGCUGGGCGGCCCGGUGGCCCUGAAAGAGUCCGUCACUCAGGGGAAGGGAGGUCUGCUGAUGGACGCUGGGCUGUACGUGGGCCGAUCGUUUCGGGUCGGUUGGGGUCCCGGCUGGACGCUGGCGCACUGCGGACAGAGGCUCAGCUCAACAUCUAAAUACAUCGACCAAGAAAUGAACAGGACCGACUUCAGCUUCCUGCCAAAACCUGCCAAGAACAAACCAUUGGCUGAGAGUCCUUAUAAGGUCGUGCUGGAGCAGCUGGAGGGUUUGGAGCCUCCAGGAGGGAAGCUGAGUGAGGAAGAGGAUGAUGAAGAUGAGAGCCAGGUGUUCCUGCAGCGCCCUCUAGAGAUCUGCCUGAAGCACAGCAGCGUCAGCACCACAGACGCCUCUGCAUGUCCGCUGGUCCAACCGCAGCCCGGCGUUGCAGCGCUGCACGAAUACGCAGAGUGGAUCCUGCAGCUGAGCGACCAGCAGGGAGGAGCUGACCCCCUGCUGGGUUACUGGGCCGAGGUCUGGACCCUGUGUGAGGCCCUCUGGGGCCGCUUGGGACCGGCGGACCAGGAGCCAGAUGUUGAGCCGUCCAGCGAGUAUCAGCAGCAGCUGGAGAGGAGACGAACCUUCUCCGCCUGGUUGUCCCGCGGCGCCACCUGCAGGGUAGAGGAGGAAGUGGCGCUGGCGGGGAAAGGCCGCCACACAGACGCCAUCUUCAGCUACCUGACAGGAAACCGCAUCAGUGAAGCGUGUCGGCUCGCUCAGAGGGAAGGAGAUCACCGCCUGUCUCUGCUGCUGUCUCAGGCGAUGGGCUCCCAGUACAGUCGGGACCUUUUGGCCCUUCAGCUCGCCGACUGGAACCGCAUGCAGUCCGACAGCUACCUGUCCGAGGAGCGGCUGCGAAUCUUCACGCUGCUGGCCGGGAAACCCGUGUGGCAGUCGUCUGAGUCCGUGGUGAACGUCUGCUCAGAGCUGGACUGGAAGCGCUGCGUCGCCGUGCACCUCUGGUUCAUGUUGCCUCCCACCGCCUCCGUAGCCGACGCGCUCGCCAAAUACGAAACCGCCUUCCAGGGCUCGUGUGAGGGGGGGAAGUACGCCUGCGCCCCGCUGCCUCCGUACCUGGAGGAGGAGCAGCCGGAGGAAGAGGAGGAGGAGGAAGAGUCCAAACGGCAGCUGUAUGAUCUCUGCUUCCACCUGCUCAAACUCUACAGCGACAGACAUUAUAACCUGCAGCAGCUGUUGGACCCUCUGACGGUGACCUGGGAGCGUCUGGACUACCGGCUCAGUUGGCACCUUUGGGGCGUUCUGCAGGCGCUGCACUACAGCCACCUGAGCUCCCAGCGGCAGGGGCUGCUGCACGCCAGCUACGCCGCUCAGCUGGAGAGCGCCGGGCUCUGGCAUCUGUCCGUCUUCAUCCUGCUGCACAUCCCCGACCACACUCAGCGGGAGCGAGCGGUGCGGGAGCUGCUGACGCUGCACUGCCCCCUGCAGGAGACGCAGGAGUCGGUCCGCAGGCAGCGCUUCCUGACGGAGAGGCUGCUGAUCCCCGAACGUUGGAUCCACGAAGCCAAAGCUACCAGAGCUCGCCGUGACGGAGACCGCCACCAGGAGGCGCUGCACCUUUACCGGGCCGGAUACUGGAACCAGUGCCACCGGCUGCUCAUCCAGCACCUGGCCUCAGAUUGCAUCAUCAACGAUAACCACGACUACCUGCUGGAGUUUCUGGAAGGUCUGGCGCUUCCUGAGCACAGCUCCUCCAUCCAGGACUGGGACACGGCGGGGGGAGUUUACCUGGAUUACAUCAGAGUCAUCAAGACGCUGCAGGACAUCCAGCAGAUGGAGAGCACCGGCUACCAGCUGGAGGGUCUUCACACCGAUGUGACGUCUCUGUGCAGCCGGAUCGAGCUGCUGCCCUGCAGCACCGCCAGAGACCGACUCGCCCAAUCAGAGAUGGCGAAGCGUGUGGCGAACAUCCUUCGUGUGGUCCUCAGUCUGCAGCAGGGCGACGCAGCGUCCGACUCUCUCAGCAUCCCGUUGGCUCAGCUCGCUCCUCACAUCACGCGGCUGCCGAUGCCGGAGGAUUACACGCUGGAGGAGCUGCGAGGCCUCACGCAGUCCUACCUGAGGCAGCUGAUCGUCAGCCAAUGAGAGCGCAGAGCAGCGGACGCCGUCGCCUCUUCUUCAUUGGCUGAAACCUUCAGCUGCUCAAACAUCAUGAAACUCUGACGCAGAAAGUUUUGCUUCGAUUCGUCAUUCCUCAACGUGUGUGUGUGUGUGUGUUUGUUUUUAAAGGAUCAAACCAGAUGUUUCAUGUUUUAACCCCAAAAUGUUCACUUUACUUUAAUAAAAGAGAGAAACUGGAUCCAUCAGAUUCAUUAUUUCUGUUACAAUAAGUCAGAAUUACUUUACAUUAAAGAGACGAUUCAGAUUCUUCUAAUAAUUUUGUGUUUAAACUGCAAAAAAUAACCAAAAGCAACUGAAACAAACCUUAAAGAUUGAUGUCAGUAUUUCUCUCCCAGGUUGAAACAAUGAGAACAUUUAAACAUUAAACAUCUGAUAAAGUUUCCUGAAUGAUCUGCAGUUAAAACUCUGGUCUGCUCCUUUAAAAAAUGAUAUUCAGUUACAUUAUUUCCAUUGAAAUGCUCCAAAAAAAACAAACAGACUAGUGAGUUUGUUUCUGCCUUUUGUUUGUACGAUGUGACUCUGAAUGACUCGUUUGACCUCCGACCCCCAGCGCCGUUUGUUCAUGUGUCAAUAUGUGAAUAAAGAUCUGAAUUAUUAAAAGACGCGGAGCGGCGACGGACGUUCAAACGACUCAGAAAAACUCAACAUGCAAAGUGUAAAAAUGCCUGAUGGUCUAUUUUUGUAGAUUUCUUGUUUUUUUUCCUGUUUGGUUUGAAUGUGAGUUGAAGCGUGCGCACGUUACCGACACAAAACAGCAACAACGACAAGGUUUUUUUUAUUAUUAUUAUUAAUAUUAUCAUUAUUGGCUUGUCUGGUUUUCUGCAGUGAAGAGUUUCCUUCCUCAACGAGCUGCAUGUAAUUAUAUAAAUAGUGUAUAUUUUUGGAAAAUCAAACAGGAAAUAUCAGGUCGUUUUUAUCCUCCACCUUUAAUUAUUAAUAAAUUAGAUGCAAAGUGUUUUGGAAUGAAACCCUUCACUUAUUGAUCACUUUUAGUUUUUUAGUUGUAGAUUAACUGUCAGCUUGCCAAGAGGUUUUUUCUUUUUUUUCUUUUUCUUUUCUUCUGGAAGUAAAAUCAGUUUCAGUGUUUCUCUUCAUGAUGUCUGUUUACUGCUGUUGAACACAAACAGUGGAUGUAUGUAGUUUACAUGGAUGGAUACUGUGUGUGUGUGUGUGUGUGUGCAUGUUUCCUGAUGAUUUUGUUGAUAAUAUUUUUUAAUAAAGUCAAGUAGAAAUAA